GGGGGUUGGUUAACUUCAAAGUAUAAAACCCUAAACCACUCGCAGAAGGAGAAGACGCCGCCUUCUUCACCGCCACCACUCCUAUUCCAGCUAAAAUUCUCCAUUGUUCUCGCUCUCACGCACUCUUUCUCUCUGUCUAUCUCUCUCGCAGACACACACAAAGCACGGCACUAUCCUCAGUGGAACAAAGUUGUAACAAUUUCAAAGCAGUAAAACCACACGGAAACAAUGGCUGGUGGUCGAUUCCGCGAACUGAUGAAGAAAUACGGCAAAGUGGCCCUCGGCGUUCACCUGAGCGUUUCCACAGUUUCCAUCACGAGUCUCUACGUCGCCAUAAAGAACAACGUCGACGUCGAAGCCAUCCUCGAGAAGUUCCACAUGGGCGCCGUCUCUGACCAGGAAAACCCUAACCCUAACCCUAUCGACGAAGACGCCUCGCAACCUCCCAAGAACCGGACGGCGCAGGUCGCCGCAUCCGCCGGCGGAGCCUUCACGCUUGCGAUCCUCUGCAACAAGGCGCUGUUCCCCGUGCGCGUUCCCAUCACCGUCGCACUCACUCCCCCAAUCGCAAGGUUCUUGGCACGGAGGAACAUCAUCAAGAGUGGUGUGUGACCUGGAUUCGGUGCGUGGUGUAUUCUUCUUGCUUGUGACGAGGAUCGUGAGAUUAUGUUUACAUUUGUAUACCUUGUUGCAUUGGUGGGGUUUUUGAGACCUGAGAGUGGAAUAGCAAAAGGGUUUUACUUUUCUUAGAACUAGUUUUUCUGCUUAAUAAAGGUCCUGGUAUAUACUUAGUUUAAUUCAUUGGUAUGGUUGGAGUAAUCGAGUGGACAAAACUUGCUUGCAAUUCUGGUUAUUUUGAUAUUGUUCUAUCAAAGAAUUGGAGUCUUGGUGGGAAAGAAAUACACACAAAACUAAUAUAAGUGUGAUGAUUUUGAGGGAUGGGUUUGUGUGUAUCUCUCUUCAACUUAACAUACCCUGUACUAGAGAGGAUGCACUCUCCUUAUGUAGAACUUUUAUUGUGCAACUCAAUGCAAACUUUUAUGAUGCAAA